CCAGCGGACCUCCCCGUGAGUUAACGAUUAACCUGCAGCUGGCUGUCUCUGCGUGAUGAAGCUGAACUCUGCUCGUCUUCCUCCAGGCUCUGACAGCACCAUGGCUCAGCUCGUGGAGUGUGUUCCAAACUUCUCAGAGGGUCGGAACAAAGAGGUGAUUGAUGCCGUGGCUACAGCCAUCUCUCAGACCCCCAGCUGCAGCCUGCUGGACGUCGACCCCGGGGCCUCCACCAACAGAACUGUCUACACCUUCGUUGGCCCCCCCGAGGCGGUGGUGGAGGGGGCGCUGAGCGCCGCCCGGCGGGCUUUCGACCUCAUCGACAUGAGCAAACACUCAGGAGAACACCCGCGCACUGGAGCGCUGGACGUCUGUCCCUUUGUCCCCGUCCAAAACGUCAGCAUGGACGACUGCGUCCGCUGUGCCAACGAGUUUGGUCGGAGGCUGGCGGAGAUGCUGCACGUUCCUGUGUAUCUUUAUGGUGAAGCAGCUCAAACCGAAGCCAGGAGGAACCUUCCAUCGGUUCGAGCGGGAGAGUACGAAGCUUUACCGGAGAAGUUGAAACAAGCGGAAUGGGCUCCAGACUUUGGCCCCGCUCUCUUCGUACCAUCAUGGGGCGCCACAGUAACCGGAGCCAGGAAGUUUCUCAUCGCCUACAACGUGAACCUGAUCAGCACCAAAGAACAGGCUCAUCGCAUCGCCCUGGACAUCCGCGAGCAGGGGCGGGGCAAAGGCCAGCCAGGCCUCCUGAGGAAGGUCCAGGGGAUGGGCUGGUACCUGGAGGAGUCAAACCUGGCCCAGGUGUCCACCAACAUCCUGGACUUUGAGCUGACGCCGCUCCACGCCGUGUUUGAGGAAACCUGCCGACUGUCUGAGAUGAAGCUGCCGGUUGUCCUCGGCUCUCAGGUUGUCGGUUUGAUUCCCCUCAAAGCUCUGCUGGAUGCUGCCGACUUCUACAUCAACAGAGACCAACUCUUCAUCAUCGAAGAGGAGCACAAAGUCCGCUUGGUGAUCAGUAAACUGGGUCUGGACUCUCUGGGCCCGUUCAACCCACAGGAAAGAAUCAUAGAGUACAUGGUGAUCCAGGAAGUGGGCGGGCUCAUUUCUCUGUCCCUGCAGCAGUUUGUUCAGAGUGUUUCUGCUCGGACUGCCGCUCCAGGAGGAGGUUCUGUUUCUGCUGCCAUCGCUGCUCUGGGGGCAGCGCUGGGUGCCAUGGUGGGGCAGAUGACGUAUGGAAAGAGGCAGUUUGAGAACCUGGAUGGUGUGAUGAGGAGGCUGAUCCCGUUCCAUCAAGCUGCAAACGAGCUGCUGCAGAUGGUCGAUGCUGACGCCUCUGCCUUCAGCAGCUACAUGGUGAGAAGCUGAACACCUGGAGACCUA